AUGUCUUCAUAUAAGCUAAACAACGAUAUCGUGGUCUCCCAGGAGCAGAUUGACCACUGGAACGCGGCUCUGGCGCAGAUGGCGUCGCCACAAGAAAUUCUGAAGUGGGCAAUCGCCACUUUUCCACAUCUGUUCCAAACCACUGCAUUUGGUCUCACGGGACUUGCCACGAUAGACAUGCUGUCCAAGAUCGAAAAAGACCACAUUACGCCGCUCAUCUUCAUCGACACGCUGCACCAUUUCCCACAAACGCUCGCGCUGCUCGAGAAAGUGGAAACUCGCUACUACAAGCCUCAAAACCAAAGCAUAAAUGUUUUCAGGCCACAGGGUCUCGAAACCGAAACCGAGUUUGCUGCGAAACACGGCGAUUUCCUGUGGGAGCGCGACGACACCCAAUACGACUACUUGGUCAAAGCCGAGCCCGCCCACAGAGCCUACAAAGAAUUGCGCGUCACUGCGGUUUUCACGGGGCGUCGUAAAUCCCAAGGAGGCAGCCGCUCAGAGCUUCGAUUCGUGGAGCUAGACGAGCUCAACGGAAUUCUCAAGAUCAACCCAUUGGCCAACUGGGACUUCCAAGAGGUCAAGGCGUACAUCGAUGCCAAUCACGUGCCUUACAACGAACUUCUGGAUCUGGGCUACAAGUCGGUAGGUGACUACCAUUCUACAGUGCCUGUGGCGGACGGGGAGGACGAACGGGCCGGGAGAUGGAAGGGCCAGACCAAAACGGAAUGUGGGAUUCAUGAGACAAGUCGUUUUGCUCAAUUUAUACAGCAGGGAAACGAAACGAAGCCAAAAAAUUAA